ACAUCCGCAGACACCCCAUCUUACCACAUCACAGCAGUAGAUGGAGAUUACUGUGGGUUUGAUCCUCUUUUCUUACAACACCAGCGGCAAAUCAGAGCACUCAUUUUAUUUUCCUUUUGAUGCAUAUUUGUGAGACGUUGACGUGUUUUGAUUCUUCUUCUUAUUAUUUAUUUUUUUUAAAGCAAUGUGGGACGUACAUUCAUUGAGCGAGGCUUCCUCUAAAAGCUUGGGAUCUGACUAGACAUCAAAAAGGGAAUCCCGAAGCUUUACCCUCGUCAUCAAAGCGACUGUUUUUAUGCAAAAGGUGGUUUAUUUGUACAAGUUUCAAUCAUGGAGGGACUUGUGUAAAAGGGAUCCCACGAAAUCAGUUUCCAUUGAAUUGCUAUUUUUUGUCUUCCUGGAGAAUUUCACACCUUUGCCCUUCAAAUCAUGGCUGAGAAGGUUGCCUCCGGGAUGGCUAAAAGCACAUCCCGGUCCACAACCUCCCUUCCACCCGAGCCCAUGGAAAUCAUCAGGACCAAGGCCUGCUCCCGAAGGGUCAGAAUCAACGUUGGAGGACUCAACCAUGAAGUCCUGUGGAGGACCUUGGACAGACUGCCUCGAACCAGAUUAGGGAAGCUGAGAGACUGCAACACCCACGAAUCCUUAAUGGAGACCUGCGAUGAUUACAACCUGGGUGAAAACGAGUAUUUCUUUGACCGGCACCCUGGGGCUUUUACAUCCAUUUUGAACUUUUACCGGACGGGGAAGUUACACAUGAUGGAGGAGAUGUGCGCCCUGUCUUUCGGGCAAGAACUUGAAUACUGGGGCAUCGAUGAGAUCUACCUGGAAUCGUGCUGUCAGGCCAGGUAUCACCAGAAGAAAGAGCAGAUGAACGAAGAGCUAAAAAGGGAGGCAGAGUCAAUAAGAGUGAGGGAAGGGGACGAGUUUGAUAACAGCUGUUGUCCAGAUAAGACAAAGAAGCUAUGGGAUCUGCUGGAGAAGCCUAGCUCUUCAGUAGCUGCCAAGAUUUUGGCUAUAAUAUCCAUCCUGUUCAUCAUCCUGUCCACUAUUGCACUAUCCCUGAAUACACUACCUGAACUUCAAGUAAUAGAUGAGUUUGGACAAUCCAAUGACAAUCCACAGCUAGCACACGUGGAAGCUGUGUGCAUUGCAUGGUUUACAAUGGAGUACCUCUUGCGUUUCAUGUCAUCACCCAACAAGUGGAAGUUCUUUAAAGGACCCUUAAACGUAAUUGACUUGUUGGCUAUUUUGCCCUAUUACAUCACAAUUUUCCUGACUGAGUCUAACAAGAGCGUGCUCCAGUUCCAGAACGUCAGGCGCGUUGUCCAGAUAUUUCGUAUCAUGAGGAUAUUGAGGAUUCUCAAACUAGCCAGGCACUCCACAGGACUCCAGUCUCUGGGAUUCACUCUCAGGCGGAGCUACAAUGAACUAGGCCUGCUUAUUUUGUUCUUGGCAAUGGGAAUAAUGAUAUUCUCAAGCUUGGUAUUCUUUGCUGAGAAGGAUGAGGAUGCUACAAAGUUUACCAGCAUACCUGCAUCGUUCUGGUGGGCUACCAUUACCAUGACAACUGUUGGCUAUGGCGAUAUUUAUCCCAAAACACUUCUAGGAAAAAUAGUUGGUGGGCUGUGUUGUAUUGCAGGGGUUUUAGUGAUAGCCCUGCCUAUACCAAUCAUUGUGAACAACUUCUCAGAAUUCUACAAAGAACAAAAGAGACAAGAAAAGGCUGUCAAGAGGAGAGAAGCUCUUGAAAGGGCAAAGAGGAAUGGAAGUAUCAUCUCCAUGAACCUGAAAGAUGCUUUUGCUCGUAGCAUGGAACUGAUGGACAUUGUAGUGGAAAAAAAUGGAGACAAUAAAAAGUCUCAAGACAAUCACCUCUCACCAAGCAGAUGGAAUUUGACAAAGAGCACAUUGUCUGAGACCAGCUCCAACAAGUCCUUUGAAACAAAGUACCAGGAGGUUGUACAGCUUGGAUCACAAGAACACAUUAACAACCCAAAAGCCAGUCAACAACAUCUGAACGUACAGAACCUGGAGGAAAUGUACAACCAAAUGACUAAAACACAGUCAAAUCCUAACCUGAAUAUCCCUCACAUUGAUCAGCCUAACAAGCCAGCAGCAAGAGAGAAGGAACUUGAAAUGAAGGAAGUCCCAAGCCCGACUGAUCCAUUAUUAAUGGAACACAGAGCAGCAGCAGUGACUGAUAUGAGGAGCAUAUCAAGCAUUGACAGCUUUGCUAGUUGUGCCACUGAUUUAACUGAAACUGAAAGGUCUCCUCUUCCUCCAGAUACAACCGGUUUGUUACAGAUGAGGAUCCCUAGCAUCUCCUCUCCCCUGGAAGGGAUUCAACCUGUCCUCCAUGUUGAUGUGAAAGAGACCCAAGGGAUUAACAUGAAGGAGGGCAUGUAUGAAUUUGCUGUGGCAGAUAUUGUGCCAUACAAUCAAGGUGACAGUACAUUUUCACCAGGGCAAGGUUGCAGUGACUUUGACAGUGUUGUGGACAGCAUCAGAAGCUCUUUGAAAAGCAGUAACCCGAUAAAAACCAGAGAUCUCAAAGUGAAUUUUAUUGAAAAGCCAGGUAGCGCACCACAGACACCACCGAGCACUGCCAGACCAUUGCCAGUCACAAUGACGGAUCUAGCAACAUCUCCUCAACAUAUUAGCACCAUUCUUCAGGAAGACAAUUCACCUCAGGGAGACAGACCUUCACUCAGCUCUGAUAUAUCAGCACUCCAGCAAGUUGCUUACAAGGAAUCACCCCAAUUUGCAAAGCAAGGUCGCUUUUCUUUCUCCUCCAAAGGGAGGAAGAGCUGCAUCGAUGCAAACAGUGAGGAAGAAGAUGAAGAGGUCAAGUGGCGCAACAACAGUGAGCAGGAAAUGGGACAGAAUUCUUCCAAAGAAAACCACAAGGAAGGUAAUCAUGUUGAAGAUGUGACCAUUGUAGGAACUUCUCCUAAAACUUCUGGGCAUAAUUGCACUCCAGGCGGUCUUCAUGCUGUAGGUGAAGGAAAGAAUGACAAUAACCAAAGUGGACUCAAAGUGGAAAACCACAUGUUUACACCAGAAAUUCAUAUAAGGCCAAGGGAUGGAGGUUUCUCACCCAUAUGUGAAACUAGCAUGUGACUAUGGACAAGAACGAUAUGAACAGAUGAGCUGCAGAAAUGCUUAAGCCAGUUCAAAAUAACAAACGUGCACAAGAAUGUGGUGAAAGAAAGAUAUGUUUGCAUGGCAUGAUGAAUCCUUUUAAUUAAGUCACUGUAUAUCUCAAGAUAUAAGAGACUGCUGUGUUUUUGCAGACAACUGGCUUGAGAACAGAGGGUAUAAACAAAAGGCUUGAUUUAGCGCACAUGUAUUACAGUUUGGAGAAAUUCUUAAUCCUGGUGUAAAUGUUAUCAUCUUACUCUUUUUUUGUUAGAAAAUUGAAGGAAAUGCAAAAAGUACGACAAUUCUAAAAACGCAUGCAUUUAAAAAAUAUAAUUCAAAGGUGCUUAGUUUGGGGGGAUUGUAAUGGCAAUGCAAUAUGAGGUACUGGAACAGCAUUCUUUGGUGCAGGUAUUUCUUUCAUAUAGUACUGUACAUAGCAGGAGGAGUUGUACAUAACUUGCAUAUCAUUACUUUCUUUGGAAAAGCUUAUGUGUUCCAUUAAGAAGUUAUCACUUGAGACUAAAUGUUUUCAUUUAAGAUAUAUAUUAUAAGAAAUUGGGCCAGAUUCACUAGUCAUUUACUCAAGUACAAAGUUUUCCCCAUUUCAUCCGAAAAAGCAAGAAACAACUUUGGUUUGUGUAGGAUCUAAAUGUUAAAUGAGUAAACUAUGCACAGGAAAAACUUUUAGUGAAUGUAACUCAUUAUGUUUGGUUCGCAUUACAGCAAUGUAUUUUCUACAUAGAUGUUUAAAUAUAACUAGAUUUAAUGACCAGGAAUAGAUAGUAUGACCAGAUAUUUUGUGUUACAGUUCUGUAUACAAUAUUCUGCACUUAUAGUUGCCUAAUACUAAUUUGAUAAGGAAAUUGAAGAUCUCACCAGUCACUAUAUACUAUUCACUAACAUUUGAACAACAUAUAGAAAGAAGCGAAAAAAAAAAAACUAAUUCAAUAGACAUGCUUAACAAUUUUACAUGUGGGGGCAUAAUGGACAUUCCAUUUUCUUUUGUUCAGUACAUUAUAUAAAAAUCGAAUUUUCAAUAUAGUAUAUGGGAAUCUCAAAACAGUAUAUAGAAAAUGUAUUUACACGCAAUUACAUGGAUAUUGGUAGCAAGUUCAACACACAGGCUUGUAGUGGAAAAGAAAGUUCUAAUUCUGGCAACAUUUCUUUAUAUUAGUUCAAUUUGUCUGGUCAUUAACUCUUAAACAGGUUGAUUCGGUUGUGUAAACAGACACAAAAACUGCUUUUUCCACAAUUUCACAUAUGUUUUUGUUAUCAUUUCAGCUGAUUGUAUGCAUCAUGUAAACAGCCCAUAAAUGUAAAAAAAGUUUUACCUUACAGACUCUUUGAUGUAUAACACUGACAUAACCCAUUGCAUCUUGUUAACAGACCCUUUUAUUAGUUUUGUUCUGUAUAUUUUGUAUGAUCCAUUCUUUUACAAGCUAGUUGAGUUUUGCUUUGAUAUUUUGCACAGAUAUUUGUAUUGGCAGGCUGUUGAUACAAAUGUGUUGUACAAUUUUUUUAGAGUUACGUUAAUCUAAAUAUUAAUUUAUAUUAAGUUGAUAUUCAGAACCCUAAAUAUUAUGUUAUGUUUCCUCCCAGUCAUGCUAAAAUUAUGAGUGCAUUGGAAUCUAUGCAGGGAAGCUUUUGAAUUAUGGAAAACUGCACAAGCAGUUUUGAUUUCGAUUUUCAAAAGGUUUAAAUCAGAAAUAAAUAUACAGGAAAAUAUUUUUUCAGUGUCCAAGAGAAGUUGAAACAAUGUUUAUUCAAUAUCAAAGUGACCUAGUUGCAAAUACUCACAAAGUAUAGGCAUGAAAGCAUUCUAACAGCAACCUAUUCUAUCCACAAGGGGCUACUUCACUAUUCAUCAUGUAUAAUGGCCACAUGUAACCUUAUAAAUAAAUUAUAUAAAUAAUAUAAUUUUCUAAAAAAUAAAUAAAGUAAUAAACAAUUUCCUGCCAAAUGGUGGUUGAAAUUAUGUGUGCCUUUUCAUAAAUAGUUAUUUAUGAGAAGGCUAAAAGCCUUUUUGGCUUUAUUCAUAUAGCGUUGUACAGAAAAUACUACUUUUUUAUAGGUUGACAUCAUGUCUUUAAGAAAUAGAUACAAACUAUUAAUGAGUUCUUGGGUUGUGUAUAAAUCACUGAAGUUCAAAUGCACAUUUUGAAUAGCAUAAUUUGGUUUUUGUUUUUAAUUUAUAGUAAAUGGCAACUAGUAUUCUUUUGUUGUUGUUAAAAUAACUCAUUAUUGUAUAAUAUCAAGACAAACAAAGGAUCCACUAAUAAAGUACUGUAUUUAGCCCAUAAAAAUUCAGUUUACCUUGAUCCUUUUCAGACUGUUAGGGGACAGUUUGCUGUUUUUGAAAAGCGGCCAUUUUUGUUCCACAGUUUGUUGUUUUACGGUAUUUGGCUCAAAUGAGCCUAAUAAAAGUAUAGUCAGUGAAAACAGUAUUCUGAUUGCCAUACUGAAUGGGGAUUUAUUUUCUAAAUUAAAAAAAAAAAUCUUUUCAUUUUACAGGCCACGGUGUCCAGUAAAUUCAGCUGCUACGCCUAAAAAAAGAGCAGUACAUUAAAGAACAUCUGCUUUUUUUUCCCCCACACUGUUUUUACCCUCUGGUUUGUGCUCUGGUUACCCAGACUUCCUCACUGCAGAAUGUUUGCCCUUAUCUCACUUGUCAAGACUGCUUUGCUAUCAUCCCUUGGUCUUGGUUACUAGUAGGUUGACUAAGACCUGAUGAUGCUUGUGAUUGUUUUGAAUAUCAAUACUCUUUGUUGGAAAUGUCAUCCUUCGCAAAUGGCUUCAACCAAGUCACAUUAUUGCCAUUUAUUAUUAAAGAGUUUGUAUGUGUGUGCAUGUGGUUUUUAUUAAAAACAUUUUUUGGAAGAAUUUAGGCAGAAAACAAAGCAUUUAAUAUAUAUAUGUGUCUGGUCUCCUAUUAUUUCCCUGUUCAGCUUUCUGUGGGAAUGUUGGGAUUACAAUCUAAUAGCAGAGGAACUGUCAAAAAUGAUAUUCUCUAAGGGAUCGGAGAAAUCUCGUAUGUAACCUUAAAUAUUUAAAGUAAGAAAAAUGUUUGUUCAUUUAGCAUUGGAAGGUUUUUUUCACCAUGUCAUUCAUCCAUUAGGAUAAAUUAGCUGCUGUUUGUUCUCAUGUCUCCAUAUCUUUUGCAUAUUAUUUGUUAAGAAGAAUUAUAUCAUGUAAUUUUGGUAUCAGUAGAUGUUGCUGAACUACAUACUGUUUCUGUACUAUUCAGCAUUUUUGUAUGCAUGUAGCAGUCUGUAAAAUUAUGUGACCACAGAAUACUUGUUUAUUUUAUGUCAAAAUGUCUGUAAAGAUUAACCGCAUUGUUCCCCAUUAAUUUUAUUAGCAUAUGCAGGAUAACAAAUAAAUGUGUAUAU